GUUCAUCACUUAUUUAUCAUCUGAAUUGCAAAACAUUCUGACAAGAAAGAAGAAAGCAACUUCAUAAGACCUCUACUUUAAGAACGCAUUUAAGAAAAGGGAAUUAUUUUGACGGCAAUUUCUAAGGAAGAAAAUGGCAAAUGAAAACCAUGUUCUCAGCAACCUACUGCAAGUUUUCUCCAUCAUGCUUCUCGUGACGUUAGAGAUUGUCGAAUCGAACGAUGCAGGUUAUUAUGAGAAACUAAGCAAGACACACUGUCUGAAAAAUCGAUUGAUUAGGAUACCAUACGCACCAUCCCUCAUAGAUUGCGCAUCAAGCUGUAUGAUGACUAAUAAGUGUGGUGUUUUUAGUUAUUGCAAGGGUACAUGCAAAUUGCAUGAAUCUCUUGUUCCUGGGUCUCCUAUCAAGACGACAUGCAACUGUAUAACUUAUUUAAUGCUAGAUAGAAACAGCAGAAACAGGGUGAAAAUUUAUGACAUAACCAAGUACUUGUUUAAAGAAAGUAUUCUUUAUAGAUUCUGGAACAAUUGGCCUAUCGACAAGGUGAAACUCGUCUUGAUAAAAAAUAAUACUGAAAUUCACUCAUUAACUUUCAAUGCAAAAAUGUCAAGUAACACCGACUGGUUCCAUUCCAGUAGACUCCUUUCAACUCCCUGGUUUGGAAAUGUAGCAGCAGCGUACAGGUACUUUGAUGGCAAAAGGUAUUUCAAGAUCCAACCAAGCGGAGGCAACUACCUACUCCAUGUAUUGUGGGAGAAUUACAGGACUUACGAAAUUCGCUACCGAAUGAACAUCGAUGAUACUGAGGAACAGAUCGCAGAUAGGGUGGAUAUCUAUGCAUAUUCAUAAGAGGAUCUAUAUUAUUGCUGAAAAUAUCUAUGGUAAUACGUACACACAUACAUACAUACAUAAUGCAUACAUUCAUACAUAUAUACAUGCGUCCAUACAUUCCUACAUACA